UUUGAAUUAAAAGUGAUAAAGACCGUAUCAUGGUAUAAAAGGAAAUUUUAUCUUGUUAUUACUGAUAUUUGAAAUACAUUUCGUGAGCAAAACUCCACGUUUUUCAUUAUGCCAGUGACAAGUGCCAAAUUGUUGUUUGUCGUGUUCCUGGUGGUGCAAAGUUGUAAUACCAGUGCCAUUGACGACGCAAAUGCUGCGUUAAAUGGUUUGAGAGAAAAUGUGAACAACGGUCUCAGUGAUGCGCUUAAAACUGGCUACACAGCAAUGGCCCAAAAAAUAGAUUCCAUAAUCGAACUGACAAGAUCCAACGGCUCUGAGGUCAUUUCCUCAACGAGUGAUACUUAUCUAGCUCAGUACCAAGCAAUUAAAAAGUCGGCUGAAGAUUCUGGUCUCGAUGUUAGCUCCUGUGUUGCAAUUUUUGAGGAGAAACUUACGAAUUUGGCUUCUGUUAAUAUCAAUGGAUUGUUGGAUUGUGUCGAUACUCAGACGGAUCCUUGCAUUGAUUAUAUUGGAACUAGUAGUUCUACUUUGUUGGGCAAUUUUCUUUCUCAGGUUUUUGCGUUUGAAAAAGAAGUUUUGAAGUGUAAAGACGACGCCUGUCUUACUUCUGUUACUGGAGAGAUUUCCAGAACCAGUGCAUCGGUACUAAGCAAAAUUAAUUAUUCUGUUCAAGUUGAUGCCAGUAAAAUGCAGUAUUAUGAAUCGACAGUUACCACUUGUGGAGUCAAAUUCACUUCGAUUGCUGAUGGGCAGGGAAAAUCCUACGUUAAUGGCUUCCAGGAUUGUGUUAAUUCGUUAAUUAAUAAAAUGUAACCAAAAUAAUUUUGAUUAUACGUGUAACCAAAACAAUUUUAAUAAAGGUGGUUAAAGUAUAA